CAUUUAGUGCCAUCACUUCAUAUUGCAUGGUAGGAGCCUCCUUUUUUCAUAAAAAAAAAUAAUAAUCAUGUUGUCCCAUACUCUAUUCUUAUUGAUCUAACAUACCCUUUAAUGCAUUUUUGUUAAUGUAUUGUACCAAGUGUUUGUAUUUUUUUUGAUAAUAUAGAAAUCUCCUAGAGUCGAUCGCGCUUUAUAUACUUCACUUAAAUAUCAGACUUUUACUUGUAUCGUGUUUCAGUCUUCGAAUUUUACAAGACUCCACCUAAUUUUGAAAAAAGAAGUUUCCUUACCUAAGAUUUGUGACUAAUUUAUCACACAUACAUCUUACAACACUCCCCCCAACACACACACACACUAUCUAUAUAUACACAAAACUAGAACUACUAAAAGUAUAGGAGACUUUUAGGGAUUAUAAGAAAUGGGAAGUUUUCAAACCAAGGACAAAAGCCAACCAAAAGACAAAGUGGUUGAAGUGUUGAAAUACAAUGUAAGGUUUCUUCAAGGUGAGGUGAAUGAAAUUAUGUGUAUGAGGGAAUAUGAGAGUCAAGUCAAUGCACAAGAGAUGAUCAUAUUUGCAUUGAAAGAAGCAGAAUGGAAGAAGGAAAAGAAGAAGCUAAAAGAGGAAGUGAAGAAGUUGAAGAAAAACUUGGAAGAAAAAGAUGAAGAAGACAAGUGUAAAGCUAUAGAGAAUUUGUGUGUAAAAGAAGAUAAAGAGUGGCAUGAAUUAGCAACAAGUUAUUUGUUGGAGCAAAUUAGGAAUGAAGAAGCUAGAAGAGAUGAAGCAAUAGAGAAGUGGAAACAACUUUAUUUUGCUAUCAAGAUUGAGCUUGAUGAACUUAUUCAUAGGACAAAUCAAGGAAGAGGACUAUGUUGGAAAAUAGAACAAAUGGAAUUAUUAGAGGAGAUGCAUAAAGAGUUGAAAGAAAAAGAGGAAAAAAUUGCACUUCUAAAAGAGGAAAUAGCUUCAAAGGAACAACAAGAGCUCAAGAGGGAAAGGGAAGUUGACAUUUUAAGGCAAAGUUUGAAAAUCAUGAGCUAUAAUAUGAAAGCAACAAAUUUUUCUAAGAAUCUUUCAAAAAGCUUGCAUAUGUAAAAGGUAGUAUUAGUUUUUUUUUUUUUAAUUCAACAUUAAGUGAAACUAGAACUCCUUAUCGAGAUAUUCACUAUACUCAUAGUUUAAAUCUCGAAACCUCUGAUUAAUGAUCGAACGAUUUUAUCUGUCAAAGAUCUAGGUAGUAAUGAUACUAUUGGUUAGUAAAAUAUAGAAGAAGUGGUGGUUCUCUAGAUUGUAUGUUUCUUUCAUGCCAUUUCUUUAUUGUUUGUGAAGUGUAUUUUUUUUUCCUUCUAUUUUUAGUUCAAGACAAUUAUUUUAGAACAAUUACUUGUUCUCAUUAUUCUAUCAUUUAAAAUUUUGUAACAAUUAACAUAAAUGACCAAAGAAAUGUACAAUUGACAUAGAUAAAAAUCAGUACAUAUAUACAAUAAAUGUAGCCAAUUUUUUGGUGUUAUUGUUAUUUACAACCUUUGGAAAUUAAAA